AUGUCUACAACCCCAACCUUAAAUGCCACAAACGGCAGCAAUAACGGUAGUGUGCUGCUGGUCAACGGCAAGAUCUUCCAGGCUUCGGCACCCGGCGCCGACGCCAGCAGCCAGCAGCAGUUCCAGCCGUGCAUGCUGGUGCAGGAUGGUACCAUCACGCACGUCGGGGCGGCGAGCGAUGCACCCAUCGUCGCGGCGCAGCAGAGCAACCCGUCGCUCGCGACUCGGGACCUCGGCGGCCGCACCGUAAUCCCCGGCUGCGUCGACGGGCAUCUGCACACGCUCACCAUGGGACAGACGCUGAGCAAGGUGAAGCUGGACGGGUGCAAGACGCUCGAGGACAUCCGGGGCGAGAUAAGGCGGCACGCGCGCGAGAACCCGGACCUGAAGCGCAUCAUGGCCAGCGGGUGGAUGUACAGCAUGACGCCCGACGGGGUCCACCACGGCAUGCUCGACGACGUCGACCCCAGGCCCAUCUACGUCGACAGCAAGGACCUGCACCACGCCUGGCUCAACGCCGCCGCCAUCGCCGAGCUCGGCUGCGAGGACACGCCCGACCCCGAGGGUGGGAGGAUCUCGCGCGACCAAAACGGCGCCUGCACGGGCGAGCUGGCCGAGGCCGCCGUCUUCACCAUCAUCUGGCCGCACCUCGCCGCCGUCGCCAGCUUCGAGGAGCGCGUGGCCGCCGUGUCCGGUGCCGUCGACGCCUACCACGCCGCCGGCUACACGGGCAUGAUCGACAUGGCCAUGGACGAGAUGGCGUGGGAGGCCAUCCUCGAGGUGCGCCGCCGCCGGAUCGAAAAGCACGGCAGCUUCGGCAUGCGCUUCGCCGCCUACUGGCUCAUCAUCCCGGCCAAGACCGAGGCCGAGCACCUGGCGCAGGUCGACGUCGCCAUCGCCAUGGCGGCCAAGUACAGCAAGGAAACGACGCCAGACUGCCGCAUCGUCGGCAUCAAGGUCGUGUGCGACGGCAUCGUCGACGCCUGCACCGCCUCCCUCCGCGAACCCUACACCUCCAACGCCGCCGACCCGGCCUCCAUCUGGAGCCGGGAGCAGCUGGGACCCGUGGUCGCCAAGGCCGACGCCGCCGACCUCCAAGUCGCACUGCACGCCAUCGGCGACCGGACCGUGGGGAUGGUGCUCGACGUCAUCGAAGCGCACUGCCGGCCAUCUCUCCGCCCGCGCGUCGAGCACCUCGAGCUCACCACCGAAGCCGACGCCGCGCGCCUGGGCCGGCUGGGCGUGACGGCGAGCGUGCAGCCGGUGCACUCGGACCCGGCGAUCCUGCGGGCGUGGCCGCGGCUGCUCGGCCCGCACCGGUGCGGGCGCGCCUUUGCGUACAGCGAGUUCGCCGCCGCCGGGGCCCCGCUGGCCCUGGGGUCCGACGCCCCCACGGCCCCCAACCACCCGCUGCAGAACCUGUACGUCGCCACGACGCGCCGCUCCGCCCGGGAGCCAGAGCUGCUGGACACGUGCAACCCGCACUUCCGGCUGGGGCUGUGCCAGGCCGUGAGCGCGGCGGGCGCCGGCGCUGCGUACAGCUGCUUCAUGGACGGGGAGACGGGGAGGUUGGACGUUGGAAUGAAGGCCGACUUUGUCGUCGUGGAUAUGGAGUGGGCUCCUGAGCGGUUGCUCGGGGCCAAGAUACUCGAGACUUGGUUCGGUGGCCGCAAGGUGUUUGAGGCGUCAAUAUAA